CCCAUCCCCGGCCUCAGAGCUGGGGUCGCCCUACGAGAAUGUCCUCAUCCCCACCAUCGUCCACCCAGAGAUGUCAGUGGAAGACGGCGAGGGCAGCAGGGCGGGGGAGAACCGGGCCAGCAGCCGGGCUUCGGACAGGGAGAGCCGCGCCUCCGACAGGGAGAGUCGCGCCUCGGACCGGGAGAGCAGGACCUCGGACCGGGAGAGCCGCACAUCGGACAGGGAGAGUCGCUUGUCGGACCGUGACGGGCGGACCUCCGUGGCCAGCCGGGUUUCGGAAGCCACCUCGGACUGGUCUAUCUACGAUGUUCCUCCGCCACCCAAGACCGUGGGCGGCGGCAGCGACCGUGGCUCCAUCUCCUACCGUAGCCAGACCUCGGAGGGCGGCGAGGAUGACGGUGUGUACGAGGUGCCGCCGCCCCCACGCUCCUGCCGCAGCUCCUCCACCUCGCUCAGGACCUCCAGGGACUCGCGGCACCUCCGGCCCUCCUCGGACGAGCUGCCGCAGCCCGCCACCAGCCCCGGCAGCACCUCCUCCAGCAGCGCCCCCGUCACGCGCCGCGGGGGAGGGGCCGCGGACACCACCACCACCACCGGCAGUAAGGUAGUAGAACCGCUGCCUCCCCCCAAGCCCCCCCGGCGGUCCAUGUGUCCCCCCUCCCCCACCCCCGACGCCGGCGACCAGGACCAGGGCGCCUAUGAGACCAUCUACUUCAAGGGACAAGACCAGGUGAGGAAACGUACCUUUGUGUGUGUACGCGCGUGUGUGUGUGUGUGUGUGUGUGUGUGUGUGUGUGUGUGUGUGUGUUGGUUUGUUAAGAGGUGUGUUUGCAAUGUUUUCUGAUGUGCCUCCAGCGUUCUCCUCUUUUUUUUUAUCUCCUCUCUUCUCUUCUUUCCUAUAAUCUUCUCUCCUUUCCUCUUCUCUCCUUUCAUCUCCUCUCCUCCUAAAUCGUUUUUGUUUCAUUUCUUGUCUCAUCUCGUCUC